AGCUGGAUGUCCAAGGCUCGCAUCGAGUCCGGCAUUCCUGGGACUUUCAUCUGCAUUCCCAUGUACUACGAAAAUUUCUUCACGUCCUUCUUCCUUCCUAGCUACGAUCCUAAGAAAGGAUUCUCGCAGAGUGACAUCCCUAUUCCUCCCGAGGCGCCAAUUUAUUCCAUGAACGUGGAGAGACGAAUUUUUUGUUCAGGUGUAAAGGUGAAGAUCUGCGUCGAGAAUUCUCAUAAGUGACGGGUGAGAAGGCCUGUCUUGGACUCGAGCUUGAUGCAAAGGAAUUCGAA